AUGGAGAACUUCAUCACGGGUUUCCCCGGUCACGAAUCUCAGCACCGAGCUGCUAUGCGCAGGGUCCUUGGACCGCAAAAAUACGAAUUCUUCUUCGAUAAAUGGUUGGAGAACUUCUUCACAGAGGCAGACGCGAAGUUCUUUGCGAGUCUGGGCCUCAACUGUCUGCGACUACCGUUCAACUACCGUCACUUUGAGGAUGAUAUGAACCCACGCGUACUGAAGGAGACGGGUUUCAAGCAUCUGGACCGGGUCAUUGAUCUGAAUCCGGACUGGCACUCGGAUAAUCCGACCAGCUAUGCCGCCUUCUGGGAUUACAAGGAUCAUCAGGACCGGACUGUAUGGCUCUGGGAGCAGAUUGCUGCGCGAUACAAGCACAAUCCCUGGGUUGCUGGGUACAAUCCACUUAAUGAACCCUGCGAUCCGGAACACGUCCGCCUUCCAGCCUUCUAUACCCGUAUCGAAAAAGCUAUUCGCGCAAUUGACUCGGAUCAUAUCUUGUGGCUCGAUGGGAAUACCUUUGCGAUGGAGUGGAAAGGAUUCGAGAAAGUCUUAUCAAAUUGCGUAUACGCCAUGCACGACUAUGCAGUAGGUCCAUCUUGA